CCCGCCCCGCUGCUCCCGGAGGUUCGAGCGGCUUCGUCUCCCCGGGGAGCAGAGAGGGCCAGUCCUGCCGCCCUUGCGAGCAGCAUGGACCAAAGCGUCGUGGAUCACCCGGUGACCCUCAUCAUCAAGGCCCCCAACCAGAAAUACACCGACCAGACCAUUAACUGCUUUCUGGACUGGACUGUGGGCAAGCUAAAAUCUCACCUCUCUAAAGUCUACCCCAGUAAACCGUCUACAAAGGAUCAGAGACUGGUGUAUUCUGGCAGACUGCUUCCUGAUCAUCUGCAGCUGAAAGAUGUUCUCAGAAAACAAGAUGAAUAUCAUAUGGUUCAUCUGGUAUGUACUUCCCGGACACCCCCAAGUUCUCCAAAACCCAGCACCAGUAGAGAAGGUCACGGAGCUUCAACCUCCAGCAGUAGCUCAAAUUUGGACCGUUCUGGAUCAACUGCUGCCUCACCUACAAACCAAGAAGCUUCAUCUACAUCUUUGAACACUAGUGCAGAUGGAGUGAGGCAUCGUAAUCUUCCGCAAGCACAAAGCAAUCCUGUACCAAGCCACCAGUUCCCUUAUUUAAUGCAAGGCAAUAUAGACAACCAGUUUCCAGGCCAAGGUGUUCCUGCUGGAUUUUCUAUGUAUCCUGCAUUCAGUCCCCUACAGAUGAUCUGGUGGCAACAUAUGUAUGCACGUCAGUACUACAUGCAAUACCAAGCUGCUGUUUCAGCCCAAGUGACUUCCAGCACUGAGCCAGUGAGAUCUGUGGUUGCCCAGGCUGUAAAUUCAGAACGUGCUCCUGCAAAUGAGCCUGCAGCAGCGCCAAAUGUAGCCGUCCAGGAGAACAGGCCUGUAAACCCGAAUGUUCAAAUGAAUGCACAGGGUGGCCCGAUAGUGAAUGAGGAGGACUUCAACCGGGACUGGCUGGACUGGAUGUACACAUUCUCUAGAGCAGCAAUUCUUCUGAGCAUUGUAUACUUCUAUUCUUCCUUCAGUCGAUUUGUCAUGGUAAUGGGAGCCAUGCUGCUGGUUUAUUUACACCAAGCUGGAUGGUUCCCCUUUAGGCAAGAGGGAGGCCAACAACAGGCAGCCAAUAACGUGGAAGUGAACCGUGAUGGGCAACAUGCAAAUAAUCCUGAUCUUGAAGAGAUGGAACGACUUAUGGAUGAUGGGAUUGACGAAGACAGCGGAGAAGAUGCAGGUGAAGAUGCCAAUACAGAGCAGCAGCCUGGAUUCAUGGCUUCUGCUUGGUCCUUUAUCACAACCUUCUUCACGUCACUCAUCCCUGAAGGGCCUCCACAGGUUGGCAAUUAAAGUGGAAAAGGAACUGUCAGGCAGCCUCAGUAGCCAUAUGUAGAAGUGGAGCAGAUUCUAGAGAGUGUUUUAAAUACAGUGCAAUUUCUGAAAAUUUAUAAUGUUAUCUUUUUGAUCAUGGUGUACAAAAAUGUGUAAUUUUUUUCUUUUGGCUUUUUCAUGCAUUGAAUAUUUUAAGCACAAGUGGACUACUAAAUGCUUUCUUUAAGAUUCUUCUUUUUCUGAAGAAUAAACUGUAAAGAUAUUGGUCUUCCAUGUUUUAUUUUAAUUUCAAAUGUGUAUUAUACUGAGGCAAAAAGCUUGCACUUAAUCUGCACCAUUACCUCUUUAAAGAGCUGUUAAAAUAUGAAUGUUGAUGGACCUUUCCAAAUGCUAUCUAUUCAUCUGAAUAACUUUAAUGUAUCUUGUGUUAAUUUUAUGCAGGGUAUGAAUUAUCACCUGGGAUUUGGAGUUUAUAUCAGUCCUGAAAGAAUACUGUAAACAAGGAUUACUUGUUAAUGGCAUGUUAUCUUCAUGCCACAAAAUACUAAGCCUCUUCUCAUACCUUUAGAAAGCUAAAAGCUUUUUCUUGAGGCUAUACUGGAGUUCAUUGAAGUUGGAGAUGUUUGACAGCUCUUCAAAGACA